CUGUACGGGUUCGCGCUGUUCGUCAACCUGUACGUCCUCGCGGCGCUCGACGACCUGCAGGCGGACUUAGUGAACCCGCACGACGCGUCGAGGCGGAUCAAUCGAUUGGUGAAUCACGAGAUCGCGGCGCACGCGUGCGCGAGCGCGCUGAUGCUGUGCGGCGGGCACUACGCGCUGUUCGCGGCGAACGCGCCGAUGAUGUACUGGGAACAUAAGCGGCGCGAGGCGAGGACGCUGCGGAUAGACGCGACGGAGAUAUUCGCGCGCGCCGAUAGCGAGAGGAAGAUACGAACGCGAAAAUUGGCGUUUUUAGGGGUCGUGGAGCUCAUCGUGGCGUAC